UGUUCUGGGAAAAGUGAAGCAACGACCAGUCGCGGACGACGAAGUCAGACGUGCUUUCUAUUACCGCCUUCCAUCAGCAACCUUCACAAUGACCAAGGGAUUCCCUGGACUCGACGCUCUCGAUGACGACGAGCUCGACACACUCGGCUCCCAGCCCUGGAACUGGGGCCGUAUCAGCCGCGAUGAGGCCGUCAAGGAGCUCUCUGGCAAGCCGGAGGGCACCUUCCUCGUGCGCAUGAGCCAGUCCCAGGACGAUGCGUACUCCAUCUCUGUUGUGCAAGAUGGACAGGUCCGACACAUUCGCGUCCUCAGCGUCGAGGGCGGCUUCUGCAUCAACAAAGCUGAUGCCCCCUGCGAGACAAUUGCAGAUCUGAUUGCAGAGAAGCAGGGCGAGAAGAUCAAGAGCAAGCUGCAGGGCGAGACCACCAAGGAGACCGUUCUCCUGCGCCACCCACACCCCUUCCCUGAGGAUGAUGCUGUUGUCUUCGAUGGCAAGUCCUUCCUCAGCAAAUAAGGCGGAGCCCACGUCCAUUUCAGUGUUCACGUGACACGUCCGCGUGUCUGCAGCCCGCGGUUCGUGUUACGGCCUACCCUUCUCUUCUUCCCACCAUCUCUGACCCUUGCCUGCAUAUGCACAUGCGCGAGGAUGUCAGCACCCCCCCCCCCUUGUUUCGUGUUGCUGACGUUCUCGUUUUGCUUCUUUGCCUGUUUCAUUUACCCACGCGCGGUGUUGUUUCUUCCAAGUCUCGAUGUCGUGUGAUGUGCUGCGUUUAUCCUUCGUUUGUGUGUGUUUGUGUGCGUAUGCACGUUUUGUGUGCCCUCCUCCUCCGCGGUGCGUUGUUGUUGCUGCGUGGUUGUGUUGCUGUCGUCUGGGUUUGAUUGGUUGUUGUCUCUCUUACCGCAUUCUUGCAUUGCAUGCCCAAGAUCCAACCGAAUCACACAGCCUACACAAAGUG